UACAAAAUGAAGAUUUUGUCAAAUUUUUGCAUUCAAUUGCCUAAAAUUGAAUUACAUGCACAUCUGAAUGGAAGUCUCAGUGAAGUAACUGUGAAUGGGCUGCUUAAAGACAAUUCAACCUCGGACAUUAAAAUUGACUCAACAUCCAUAGAGAAGGGAGCAAAAAGAACUUUAAAUGACUGUUUUGAAAUGUUUAAAAUUAUUCAAAAGUUGACAGACAGAGCUCAGAUAAUUACAGAAGUGACUAAAAGUGUGAUUGAUGAGUUUGCACAAGAUAAUGUGAUGUAUUUAGAAUUGAGGAGCACUCCACGAAAUAAUCUAGAAACUGGGUUGACCAAAAGAAAUUAUAUAGAAGCUAUUUUGACUGGUAUUAAUGAAUAUCAACAAAAAAAUAAUGAAUCCAUCAUUGUAAAAUUUCUGGUUUCAAUCGAUAGAAGGCGUGGAGUGGUGGAAGCAAAGGAAAAUCUAGAAUUGGCAAAAGAAUAUUUCAAUAGGCCAAAUAAUGUUGUUGUAGGUAUUGAUCUGAGUGGAGAUCCUCAUGUUGGUAAUGCAGAAGAUUAUAUUCCAUUAUUGGAGGAUGCAAAAUCAGCAGGACUGAAAUUAUCUUUACAUAUGGCCGAAAUUAAUGGACUUGAUGAUGAAAAUAUAAAACUUUUAGGAUUGCCACCUGAUCGCAUUGGUCAUGGUACCUUCUUGUACGAAAAUGAAGAAUGCAGGAACUUGGUGCUGAAGAGAAGAAUACCAUUUGAAAUUUGUUUGACAUCGAAUGUAAAGGGUGGGACAGUGGAAAGUUAUGCUGAAGAUCAUCAUCAUAUGCACAAGUGGUUAAAAGACAAACAACCUGUAGUUAUAUGCACUGAUGACAAGGGUGUUUUCAGCACCACACUAUCAAAUGAAUAUCUCAUUGCAGCUCAAAAUGGUGGAAUGUCUUCAGAAGAUAUUUACAAUUUAUCGUUUGAAUCUAUCGAUCAUAUAUUUUCCAAUGACAUUACGAAAGACAUUUUACGACAAAAGAUGAAAAAUUGGAAACAAGAAAAUAUGUAUUAUUUCAUAAAUUGAUUAUUGUUAAUCAAUCAUGAAAUCACAAAAACUGGCUGAUGGUGUAAUUUUUUAACACUAGUUCAAUUACCCAAAACAGACUUCUUCAGAAUAUUUCUAAUUGCUGAUUUUUGGUAUUGAUUUCUCGAUUAAUAUUUAUUUUUGCUAAUGCCAAACUUUGACUUAAUCAUAAUUUUGUCAUGCAAUCAAUACAAUUAUAUUUUAGCAGAACUUACGGUCUCCCCUAGUAUGUGAACCAAGAUGGCGGGCACCGGAACGUAGUAUGUGUACCAGGUUAGGGUUAGGCCAUACUUUUAUUCCAAUUUUCUUUAUUUUAGUUUUAUUACCAGUUCAGAGA